CACCUUGCUUAACUUCUUUCUUCUAUUUAAACCGCCCUAUUUAUAAAAUAAAAAAAUCUUUUCACCUCUUCACUCAAAUCACUCGAACCUUCCAAUAAUUCAUAUCCUCAAUGGUUGUUCUCACUGAACAUGAAAUUUUACCAGGAUCCUCAUCUUCAUAUGAUCAUAUUCAUAGAUAUGACGUAUUUUUAAGUUCUAGAGGUGUUGACACUCGUAAUCGCUUCGACGCUCACCUCUACAAAGCCCUAGUGGAGGCCAAUUACGACACGUUCAGGGGCGGAGCUACCUUUAUGCCGGGGGCAACGCCCGCUACGGCUUGGCGCGGAAAAAAUUGGAAAAAUUAGUGUAAAUUUUGAAAAAAUUUGAGGUUUUUUCGAUUUCGUUACGGCUUAUUUAUAAACGUUACGGCUUGGCGGAUUUUCUAGAUCCGUCACUGGACACGUUUCUGGAUGAUGAAGAGAUUGAAACCGGAGAACCACUAAAACCUGAGCCGGAGAGUGCGAACCAGAAAAGGAAAUGAUGUUUAAAGCUUUUUCCACAAAGAGUUCUGAAAUAGUUGGGUCUCAGGUACAGUGUUCACAAAAGCGUCCAACUGCAAUGCCACCUGCUGAAGCUCCUUGCAUGCCUAUGUUCCCACAAGGUUUAGGCCAACAAACGUUUGAUGGUCAAGCUCUUGUUCCAGGUAUGAGCACAGAUGGGGGUCCAAUGGCAAACUUUUACAUGCCAAUGGUUCCGACUGAAGAUCAAUAACCAAGUCCAUCCGAAAACGGUGUUCGGGCCGGUAUCUAUUAUUAUUUGUUUUAGUUAAGUAAUGGGUCAAAACUGUUUUUAUGUUUAUAUUAUGUAUUUGGGCCGGAGGCCAAGUCUAGUGGGUCGAACGAUAUGUCAAGUCCAGUUAGGUUAUGUAAAUGAUUAGAGAACAAGCGGGUUGGGCCGAAAGCUUGAUGAACCGGUACGUUUCAAAGUAAAUAACCGCAUGAGCGGUUAUCAUGGAACCAACACAUCCAUCUGUGAAACGUUGUGACGUUUGGAGACGUACCCGUUCACGGCGUAUAAAGCCGGCUGCAAAUCCCUUGUUCUUCGUUCAGUCAGUUCGUUAAGUUUCUGUAUUUACAAGUUAUUGUUAUUCAAAAGUUCAAGUUCGAUCAAGUUCUAUUCGGUUAGUUUUAUUAUCAUUCAGAAGUUUGUUUUGUUCGAUUCAUAAUGAUACACUGUGAUUAUUGUGGGUUGUAUGAAAACGAUUGUGUGUGCGGUCACAACACCAUCCGUUUCGAAUGGUCCUGGGUUUCCGAUGACGAUGAUACCAACAUUGGUAUCAGAGCCAAAGGUUUAACAGGAAGCGGAAGGAGUUGUGAUCAAGAUGGGAACCGGAUUUGUGGAAACAAAGGAAAAUCGGUGGAAACCGAUCACGGUGAAGAUGUUAUUGUUCGUAGUGGAAAGUGCGGCCGGACGGCGGAAGAGGAUGAGUACGCGCAGGGGAAGCCAACCAUGCGAACCGGGAAAUCACCGGUGAAGAAGUUUCCAAGGAAAGUGUUUCCAAAGGGUUUGGUGAAGAAGUCCGGUAAGAAAUCUAAUGCACCGGUGGGUAGGCCGAGGAAACCGGGAGUCCGAUGUUUCAAGUGCAAGGAAUUCGGUCAUAUCGCAUCGAUUUGCCCAAGUAAGUAUAUCAAGUUAUCACCGUUACCAAUUGAAAGUGAUUAUAUUGUGAAAGAUACUUGUGGUGGCAAAUGGGAUUCAAUAUGGGUUGUUGAUCCCACAUUCAAAACACAUAUGACGGGAAACCGGAAUAUGUUUAAGUGUUUCAAGAGACACUUUGGGGUUGUGACAAACGAAAGUAGGAAAGAUUUUUCGUUUGUGCAUGGAAUAGGAGAAGUGAGAGUGCCGGUGGACGGCAAAGACAAGACGAUCCCGUGCGUAAGUUAUGCACCAAGUCUAGACAAGAAUGUUUUAAGUCUAGAACAACUCUUGUUUCAAGGGAUAGAAACGGUUACCAUGGGGGAAACGUGUGUGUUAAAGAAGAUGUUUGGAUGUCGUUCGAAAGGAUUCGACAUUUAUGAAGACAAGUCGGAAGUCGACUUGGAACAAGAUUAUCUCAAUGCAUUCUACGAUAAUCUUGGUGUUGACAACGGCUACAAGAAGGAAAAGAAAGAAUUCCAAGAGUGUUUGGGUGAAUACUACGAAAGGGAAUUCGAGAAAACAAGAAACAAGAAGAAAGUGUACGGUGAAAAUUCAAAGGCUAAAAAGAAGGAAGUUGUGUAUUCCAAGAAAGCGAAAAAGGCGCUUUUGAUUUACAUUGAAGGCGAAAAAGAUAACCCGCGUCAAUCAAGAGAAACGCUUCGGGAACGAGCGUUAAUUCUCUCACAACUCGAGGAGGACGUCAUCGAAAGAAAUAUGAUUAUGGAAAGUUGUGUGGAACCGGGAGAUCUUAUUACAUUGCACGAGGAAAUAAAGAAACACCAAAGAUUCUUCGAUGCACCAUUCGAAGAAGUCUUGGUUUGGUUCAUUACGGAUUUCCUCGGGAUCGUAUGUGAGAAAGCAAUGCCGCCAGAACUGAUCGAUGGCCUGAGACCUUAGUCUCAUAUUGUUACACCGCAUCGUAAAGCACAAUGGAGGAUUCAAAGAAGUGAUGGAGAAAAAUAUGUGGGAUGUGAUUGCGGCCAAGUACGGUUACGAACCGGAUGAUGCAUACGAGAUGAAAGUCGCCUACAUCUAUUACUUGGAACUAGUCGAGUGGUACUUCGACUACAUGAAGAAAGAGCGUGAGAGAAAGGAAGAUGGCAUGGCUGGAAAUUCAAGCAACAAUUGCGGUUGGCUCGACGAAUCAAGCGACGACGACGUGGUGGUCAAGAUAGAGGUCACCAAUAAUCGCAAGGAGUGAUCCACGGCCGGAGAUUCGGAUGUUCUUGCUUAGGGCGGUGAAUGAAGAUCAAUAACCAAGUCCAUCCGAAAACGGUGUUCGGGCCGGUAUCUAUUAUUAUUUGUUUUAGUUAAGUAAUGGGUCAAAACUGUUUUUAUGUUUAUAUUAUGUAUUUGGGCCGGAGGCCAAGUCUAGUGGGUCGAACGAUAUGUCAAGUCCAGUUAGGUUAUGUAAAUGAUUAGAGAACAAGCGGGUUGGGCCGAAAGCUUGAUGAACCGGUACGUUUCAAAGUAAAUAACCGCAUGAGCGGUUAUCAUGGAACCAACACAUCCAUCUGUGAAACGUUGUGACGUUUGGAGACGUACCCGUUCACGGCGUAUAAAGCCGGCUGCAAAUCCCUUGUUCUUCGUUCAGUCAGUUCGUUAAGUUUCUGUAUUUACAAGUUAUUGUUAUUCAAAAGUUCAAGUUCGAUCAAGUUCUAUUCGGUUAGUUUUAUUAUCAUUCAGAAGUUUGUUUUGUUCGAUUCAUAAUGAUACACUGUGAUUAUUGUGGGUUGUAUGAAAACGAUUGUGUGUGCGGUCACAACACCAUCCGUUUCGAAUGGUCCUGGGUUUCCGAUGACGAUGAUACCAACAUUGGUAUCAGAGCCAAAGGUUUAACAGGAAGCGGAAGGAGUUGUGAUCAAGAUGGGAACCGGAUUUGUGGAAACAAAGGAAAAUCGGUGGAAACCGAUCACGGUGAAGAUGUUAUUGUUCGUAGUGGAAAGUGCGGCCGGACGGCGGAAGAGGAUGAGUACGCGCAGGGGAAGCCAACCAUGCGAACCGGGAAAUCACCGGUGAAGAAGUUUCCAAGGAAAGUGUUUCCAAAGGGUUUGGUGAAGAAGUCCGGUAAGAAAUCUAAUGCACCGGUGGGUAGGCCGAGGAAACCGGGAGUCCGAUGUUUCAAGUGCAAGGAAUUCGGUCAUAUCGCAUCGAUUUGCCCAAGUAAGUAUAUCAAGUUAUCACCGUUACCAAUUGAAAGUGAUUAUAUUGUGAAAGAUACUUGUGGUGGCAAAUGGGAUUCAAUAUGGGUUGUUGAUCCCACAUUCAAAACACAUAUGACGGGAAACCGGAAUAUGUUUAAGUGUUUCAAGAGACACUUUGGGGUUGUGACAAACGAAAGUAGGAAAGAUUUUUCGUUUGUGCAUGGAAUAGGAGAAGUGAGAGUGCCGGUGGACGGCAAAGACAAGACGAUCCCGUGCGUAAGUUAUGCACCAAGUCUAGACAAGAAUGUUUUAAGUCUAGAACAACUCUUGUUUCAAGGGAUAGAAACGGUUACCAUGGGGGAAACGUGUGUGUUAAAGAAGAUGUUUGGAUGUCGUUCGAAAGGAUUCGACAUUUAUGAAGACAAGUCGGAAGUCGACUUGGAACAAGAUUAUCUCAAUGCAUUCUACGAUAAUCUUGGUGUUGACAACGGCUACAAGAAGGAAAAGAAAGAAUUCCAAGAGUGUUUGGGUGAAUACUACGAAAGGGAAUUCGAGAAAACAAGAAACAAGAAGAAAGUGUACGGUGAAAAUUCAAAGGCUAAAAAGAAGGAAGUUGUGUAUUCCAAGAAAGCGAAAAAGGCGCUUUUGAUUUACAUUGAAGGCGAAAAAGAUAACCCGCGUCAAUCAAGAGAAACGCUUCGGGAACGAGCGUUAAUUCUCUCACAACUCGAGGAGGACGUCAUCGAAAGAAAUAUGAUUAUGGAAAGUUGUGUGGAACCGGGAGAUCUUAUUACAUUGCACGAGGAAAUAAAGAAACACCAAAGAUUCUUCGAUGCACCAUUCGAAGAAGUCUUGGUUUGGUUCAUUACGGAUUUCCUCGGGAUCGUAUGUGAGAAAGCAAUGCCGCCAGAACUGAUCGAUGGCCUGAGACCUUAGUCUCAUAUUGUUACACCGCAUCGUAAAGCACAAUGGAGGAUUCAAAGAAGUGAUGGAGAAAAAUAUGUGGGAUGUGAUUGCGGCCAAGUACGGUUACGAACCGGAUGAUGCAUACGAGAUGAAAGUCGCCUACAUCUAUUACUUGGAACUAGUCGAGUGGUACUUCGACUACAUGAAGAAAGAGCGUGAGAGAAAGGAAGAUGGCAUGGCUGGAAAUUCAAGCAACAAUUGCGGUUGGCUCGACGAAUCAAGCGACGACGACGUGGUGGUCAAGAUAGAGGUCACCAAUAAUCGCAAGGAGUGAUCCACGGCCGGAGAUUCGGAUGUUCUUGCUUAGGGCGGUGAAUGAAGAUCAAUAACCAAGUCCAUCCGAAAACGGUGUUCGGGCCGGUAUCUAUUAUUAUUUGUUUUAGUUAAGUAAUGGGUCAAAACUGUUUUUAUGUUUAUAUUAUGUAUUUGGGCCGGAGGCCAAGUCUAGUGGGUCGAACGAUAUGUCAAGUCCAGUUAGGUUAUGUAAAUGAUUAGAGAACAAGCGGGUUGGGCCGAAAGCUUGAUGAACCGGUACGUUUCAAAGUAAAUAACCGCAUGAGCGGUUAUCAUGGAACCAACACAUCCAUCUGUGAAACGUUGUGACGUUUGGAGACGUACCCGUUCACGGCGUAUAAAGCCGGCUGCAAAUCCCUUGUUCUUCGUUCAGUCAGUUCGUUAAGUUUCUGUAUUUACAAGUUAUUGUUAUUCAAAAGUUCAAGUUCGAUCAAGUUCUAUUCGGUUAGUUUUAUUAUCAUUCAGAAGUUUGUUUUGUUCGAUUCAUAAUGAUACACUGUGAUUAUUGUGGGUUGUAUGAAAACGAUUGUGUGUGCGGUCACAACACCAUCCGUUUCGAAUGGUCCUGGGUUUCCGAUGACGAUGAUACCAACAUUGGUAUCAGAGCCAAAGGUUUAACAGGAAGCGGAAGGAGUUGUGAUCAAGAUGGGAACCGGAUUUGUGGAAACAAAGGAAAAUCGGUGGAAACCGAUCACGGUGAAGAUGUUAUUGUUCGUAGUGGAAAGUGCGGCCGGACGGCGGAAGAGGAUGAGUACGCGCAGGGGAAGCCAACCAUGCGAACCGGGAAAUCACCGGUGAAGAAGUUUCCAAGGAAAGUGUUUCCAAAGGGUUUCGUGAAGAAGUCCGGUAAGAAAUCUAAUGCACCGGUGGGUAGGCCGAGGAAACCGGGAGUCCGAUGUUUCAAGUGCAAGGAAUUCGGUCAUAUCGCAUCGAUUUGCCCAAGUAAGUAUAUCAAGUUAUCACCGUUACCAAUUGAAAGUGAUUAUAUUGUGAAAGAUACUUGUGGUGGCAAAUGGGAUUCAAUAUGGGUUGUUGAUCCCACAUUCAAAACACAUAUGACGGGAAACCGGAAUAUGUUUAAGUGUUUCAAGAGACACUUUGGGGUUGUGACAAACGAAAGUAGGAAAGAUUUUUCGUUUGUGCAUGGAAUAGGAGAAGUGAGAGUGCCGGUGGACGGCAAAGACAAGACGAUCCCGUGCGUAAGUUAUGCACCAAGUCUAGACAAGAAUGUUUUAAGUCUAGAACAACUCUUGUUUCAAGGGAUAGAAACGGUUACCAUGGGGGAAACGUGUGUGUUAAAGAAGAUGUUUGGAUGUCGUUCGAAAGGAUUCGACAUUUAUGAAGACAAGUCGGAAGUCGACUUGGAACAAGAUUAUCUCAAUGCAUUCUACGAUAAUCUUGGUGUUGACAACGGCUACAAGAAGGAAAAGAAAGAAUUCCAAGAGUGUUUGGGUGAAUACUACGAAAGGGAAUUCGAGAAAACAAGAAACAAGAAGAAAGUGUACGGUGAAAAUUCAAAGGCUAAAAAGAAGGAAGUUGUGUAUUCCAAGAAAGCGAAAAAGGCGCUUUUGAUUUACAUUGAAGGCGAAAAAGAUAACCCGCGUCAAUCAAGAGAAACGCUUCGGGAACGAGCGUUAAUUCUCUCACAACUCGAGGAGGACGUCAUCGAAAGAAAUAUGAUUAUGGAAAGUUGUGUGGAACCGGGAGAUCUUAUUACAUUGCACGAGGAAAUAAAGAAACACCAAAGAUUCUUCGAUGCACCAUUCGAAGAAGUCUUGGUUUGGUUCAUUACGGAUUUCCUCGGGAUCGUAUGUGAGAAAGCAAUGCCGCCAGAACUGAUCGAUGGCCUGAGACCUUAGUCUCAUAUUGUUACACCGCAUCGUAAAGCACAAUGGAGGAUUCAAAGAAGUGAUGGAGAAAAAUAUGUGGGAUGUGAUUGCGGCCAAGUACGGUUACGAACCGGAUGAUGCAUACGAGAUGAAAGUCGCCUACAUCUAUUACUUGGAACUAGUCGAGUGGUACUUCGACUACAUGAAGAAAGAGCGUGAGAGAAAGGAAGAUGGCAUGGCUGGAAAUUCAAGCAACAAUUGCGGUUGGCUCGACGAAUCAAGCGACGACGACGUGGUGGUCAAGAUAGAGGUCACCAAUAAUCGCAAGGAGUGAUCCACGGCCGGAGAUUCGGAUGUUCUUGCUUAGGGCGGUGAAUGAAGAUCAAUAACCAAGUCCAUCCGAAAACGGUGUUCGGGCCGGUAUCUAUUAUUAUUUGUUUUAGUUAAGUAAUGGGUCAAAACUGUUUUUAUGUUUAUAUUAUGUAUUUGGGCCGGAGGCCAAGUCUAGUGGGUCGAACGAUAUGUCAAGUCCAGUUAGGUUAUGUAAAUGAUUAGAGAACAAGCGGGUUGGGCCGAAAGCUUGAUGAACCGGUACGUUUCAAAGUAAAUAACCGCAUGAGCGGUUAUCAUGGAACCAACACAUCCAUCUGUGAAACGUUGUGACGUUUGGAGACGUACCCGUUCACGGCGUAUAAAGCCGGCUGCAAAUCCCUUGUUCUUCGUUCAGUCAGUUCGUUAAGUUUCUGUAUUUACAAGUUAUUGUUAUUCAAAAGUUCAAGUUCGAUCAAGUUCUAUUCGGUUAGUUUUAUUAUCAUUCAGAAGUUUGUUUUGUUCGAUUCAUAAUGAUACACUGUGAUUAUUGUGGGUUGUAUGAAAACGAUUGUGUGUGCGGUCACAACACCAUCCGUUCCGAAUGGUCCUGGGUUUCCGAUGACGAUGAUACCAACACCGACAUGUCAGUACGAACCGCGCCCAGGUGGAAGCCGUGCCGGUGUUCCUGGGCCGCAAAAUCACCAACAACCUCUUCCUCUUAUGCAACAACAGGCACAAUGUUCACAAAUGGGUCCAACUCCAAUAGCACUUGCUGGAGCUAGUUGCAUGCCAAUGUUCCCUCCCGGGUUAGGUCAACAAUUUUUUUAUGGUCAAGCUCAACCUACCUUCAUUCCUCCCCAACCUGGUUUUGGGCAUCAGUAUCAACUUGUUCAGCCAGGUCAGCUUAGACCGCGUCCAGGUGGAAGCCGUGCUGGUGUUCCUGGGCAGCAGAUUCAGCAACAGAUGGUGCCAAUUGGACCAAUGUCUCAUCACGCACCAAUGUCUUAUCGAUAUGAUGCUGGGAAUGUGAUGCAAUUAAGUGAUGCUGGUGGAAGCUCUGCACUUGCAAAUGCUUUCCCAACAGAGCAAAGGAAUAUGUUGGAUGACAAUCUAUACCCACUCACGGAACAGGACACCACAGAGGUUCUUCACUGGCUGGAAUUACCAUAAGUACUAAAGGUCAUGAAGAGUGGUGCCUAAAAGGGAGACGGCAAUUUAAAAUUUGGUACCUAGACUUUUCAUACCGAGUAUUAUUUUGGACCCACUACUGACAAUUUAAAUUUAAACCUUUAAUAGGCAACUCAUUUUCUUUUAUUGUUAUUUUAAUCAGUUAUUAGACUCUGUUCAGCUACAAUUUCAUUGAAAAUAUAAUGAUCGUAUGUCCAGCUGUGUGUCU